AUGGCGAAUAAAUCAGGGAAAGCGAAGUCCAAGUCUAAGUAUACAGAUUUGCACCAGAUUAUAGAAGAGAUUGAUCGGGAAACAGGAACUUCGUUCAACAUCUCAGAGGAGAAGACGAACUGCCCCCUAGGAUAUUUCCCUUGUGGCAACCUGAGCAUGUGCCUGCCCCAGCUCAUGCACUGCAAUGGCGUCGAUGACUGUGGAAAUGAAGCGGACGAGGAGAACUGUGGAGAUAACAACGGAUGGCCCCAUCUUUUUGACAAGUAUUUUGGGAUGCCCAUCAUCGACAUCGGGACCAAGUCCGAUAAAUGCUUGCUGGGGGCUGUUCCAGAGCUGUGCCAGUGCAGAGACCUGGAGCUGGACUGUGACGGCGCCCAGUUUCACCAUGUCCCAGCAGUGUCCAUUAACGUCACCAUGAUGUCACUGCAAAGGAACCGACUCCGGAUAUUGAAUGGCGACAUAUUCUAUAAGUACCAGAGUCUUCAGAAAUUAUAUCUACAACAUAACAGAAUCCGAGCUGUGAGCCCUAAUGCAUUCAGAGGACUGUACAAUCUAACAAGACUAUAUUUAAGCUACAACAAGAUAUCCAUCCUGAUGCCUGGGGUGUUCCAAGAUCUACACAAACUGGAGUGGUUGAUCCUUGAAAACAACAGUAUCCAUCAGAUAUCCCCCACAACCUUUUCAGGCUUGCGCUCCUUGGUACUCCUGGUUUUGUUGAACAACGCUCUGACAAAGCUGGAUGACAUCUGCCUGGAAAUGCCAAGACUUAACUGGCUGGACAUGGAGGGGAAUCAAAUCGAAAGUGUCGGAAACGUAACAUUCUGGUCAUGCAACAUGAUGACUGUGCUCGUCCUACAGAGUAACAGAAUCAGUCACAUACAUGAACAGGCUUUUUCAUUUCUGCAAAAACUUGGGGAAUUAGAUCUGUCCAGCAACAGACUCCUGGCAAUCCCUCCCAAUCUCUUUGUUCAUCUGGGAGAUUUACUACAGCUAAACAUCUCGUAUAACCCUAUCGCGGAUCUACAAAUUGACCACUUUGAUAACUUGCAUAAAUUAAAAUCAUUGAGCAUAGAGGGAAUUGAGAUUGGGAACAUACAGCGAAGGAUGUUUGAACCACUCAAACACUUGACCCACAUUUACUUUAAGAAGUUCCAGUACUGUGGGUACGCCCCUCAUGUGCGCAGCUGCAAGCCCAACACGGAUGGUAUCUCCUCCUUCGAGGACCUCCUGGCCAACAUCGUCCUGAGGGUCUUCGUCUGGGUGGUGUCGGCCACCACGUGCUUCGGCAACAUCUUUGUCAUCUGCAUGCGCUCCUACAUCCGAUCGGAGAACAAGCUCCAUGCCAUGUGUAUAAUCUCCUUGUGUUGUGCCGAUGGCCUGAUGGGUGUCUACCUCUUCAUGAUCGGCGCCUAUGAUCUCAAGUUCCGUGGCGAGUACAACCGCCACGCCCAGGCCUGGAUGGACAGCGUCCAGUGUCAGGUGAUCGGCUCCCUCGCCAUGCUCUCCACUGAGGUCUCCGUCCUGCUGCUCACCUACCUCACCCUGGAGAAGUACAUCUGUAUCGUCUACCCCUUCCGGUAUCUAACCCCGGGCCGCCGGCGCACCGUCUCCAUUCUCCUCAGCAUCUGGUUUAUUGGCUUCGUCAUCGCCUUCCUCCCCCUGGUCUUCAAGGGAUUGUUCCGGAACUUCUACGGUACCAACGGCGUGUGUUUUCCGUUACACUCGGAGCAGCCCGAGACGACAGGGGCGCAGGUGUACUCCAUCGUCAUUUUCCUGGGCCUGAACCUGGUAGCGUUCCUCAUAAUCGUAUUGUCUUAUGGGAGUAUGUUCUACAACAUCCAGAGGACAGGGACACAGACGACUAAAUAUAGUAACCAUAUCAAGAACGAGGUGACCAUAGCCAAGAGGUUCUUUUCCAUCGUCAUCACAGACUCCCUUUGCUGGAUACCCAUCUUUGUUCUCAAGAUUCUAUCACUGUUGCAGGUGGAGAUUCCAGGAACCAUCAGCUCCUGGGUGGUGAUCUUCAUCCUGCCCAUCAACAGUGCCCUCAACCCCAUCCUGUACACCUUGACCACACGGCCAUUCAAAGAAACCAUCCUCCAGGUGUGGGCCAACUACAGGCAGAGGAGACCACUAAUGAGCAGCCACCCAGCCCACCACCCCUCAUUGACGUUGCAGGAGAUGUGGCCACUCCAAGAGAACAACCAGACUCUGACUUCGCCCGGCGACAACCUGACGCAUCCCUUGGAAAUGUCCUGCACAAUAUCGUGCACGUCAGGCACGUCUCAGCCACUGCCUGUGGAAAACAUCAAAGGAGCUCAUUGGUACACUUUGGACUAUGUGCCGUUCUACUCUGUUGAGGAUUAG